AAAAGCCAUGACUUCAGAAAAGAACGCCCAGCUCGGCCAAGCGCGGGAAGCUUUCCAACUAAUUCAUCAGAUCUCGCAGCUUCUGUGCACCGGACUGGAUCCUGAGACGCUUACCAUCUGCAUACGCCUGUGCGAACUGGGCGUAGACCCCGAAGUGCUAGCUCAUGUAAUCAAGGAAAUCAGAAAAAUGGGCGACAAUACUGUACAAAACAAACCGGUUAAUUUACAACCUUAGUGAAAGCUCUAUGCUUCAGUUUUAAGUAUACUGUUUGCAGUACCUUCCAGUUUUCAGGUUUUUGGUACUAAGUAGGAUUUUUUCUCAUCAUACAAGUUUAUUAUUUGCUCAUCCAGAGGUCAAGCUUUUUAUUAAGACUAGUCCUGAAUUGCUAUAAUAUGUAUAGUUUU